AUGAGCUCGCCCACAGAACUAUACCUCCCCCACGACCUCCCCUACCCCAUCCAGCUCGUCUCCCUCCACGCUCGUCCCUCAGACGCCAUCUCCCGUGGCACACGCCUCCUCACCUACUCCUUCAUCGCUUUCGCCUCCGACCUCGACUCCAACCCAGGCGACCCGCAGACUCGCUUCGGCACCUGGGACGCACCCAUCGAUGGCUCGCUCGACAGAUGGCAUGUGAGGGCGAACGACAUCAUCGAAGCGAAGCGAGCAAAGACGCGGGCCGUCGUGACCAUCACCGAGCCCUGCAAACAUGGGGUGCAGAUCGGAGGUCUUUGCGCCUUGUGUGGACUUGACAUGACUAGCUAUGAUUACACAGGCUUCUCCGACGCCUCUCGUGCGUCCAUUCAGAUGACCCACUCUGCUAACGGGCCCACAGUCUCUCUCGAAGAGGCUCAGCGAAUCGAACGCGAAACGGCAGAGCACAUGCUCAAAGCCCGUAAACUGUCUCUUAUCGUCGAUCUUGACCAGACCAUCGUCCACGCCACAGUUGAUCCCACAGUAGGCGAAUGGAUCGCAGAGGGCGAGGCAUGGGAGGCCAGACAUGAGAAGCGGACGGAAACGGCUGCGUGGAAGAAGGAGCGGCAGGAGGAAAGGGAGAAACGGAAAGCGAGGCGUGAUGAGAAAGCCAAGGCGAAGGAGGAGGCGAAGGGAGACGAGGACGGAGAGGACGACGAGGAUGAGGACGAUUCGGACGAUACGGUGUCGGAGGAUGAAGAUGACGAGGAUGCGGACGAGGAUGAGGUGAACCCGAAUUGGGAGGCACUCAAGGACGUGAAGAGGUUUCGAUUGGCCCCAGAGUCGUUUGGUGCUGCCCCUGGACGCGGGUUCAAGGGGAAGGGCAAGGCUCUCGAGCAGGAUGGGCCACUAUACUAUGUCAAGCCACGGCCGGGAACACGGGAGUUCCUCAGCAGUGUGGCGGAGAAGUACGAGAUGCACGUCUAUACAAUGGGUACGCGUGCUUAUGCAGAGGAAGUCUGUGCUGCCAUCGACCCCGACGGCAAGUUCUUUGGCGGUCGCAUCCUCAGUCGCGAUGAGAGCGGAAGUAUGACACAGAAGAGCCUACGGAGGCUGUUCCCUGUCGAUACUUCUAUGGUGGUGAUCAUCGACGACCGGGCGGACGUCUGGGAAUGGAGUCCCAACCUCAUCAAAGUCAUACCUUAUGACUUCUUCGUCGGCAUAGGCGACAUCAACUCCGUCUUCCUCCCGAAACUCGACCCCUCAACCUCCAUCGUCCCCCCCUCAUCCUCAUCCCCUUCCACAUCCACACCCACAUCCACCCCUCCCAAAGACCCAUCCGCCACAACCGUCACCCCCUCCCCCCUCGACUCCCCCGCCGCCUCCCCCUCACCCACACUCACCGCCGUAUCGGCCGAUUCAUCGACCACAGCCGUACAGAGCGCUUCAGAAUCACCGCCUACGAUCGCUCUCGAUGAGUCGCCGUCGACGGGCGGUUUGGAGUUGUUGUCGAAGAGCGAUAUGUUGACGCAGAAUUCGAUUGCGCUGGAGGCGCAGGUCGAGGAGAGGCCGUUGGCGAAGAAGCAGGAGGAGUUGCAGGUCGCUGAGGAGGCUGAGGCUGAGGCUGAAGCUGAAGCGGAGGCCAGUGAUAAGGCGGCGGAGAGCGCUGCGGCUGAGGGUAGCAAGGCCGAGGAGGUGGAGGGUUCUUCACUGAUAGAUGUGAGUGGCGAAGAGAAGGAGAAGGUUGUAGUUGAGAGUCCAAGUCGGAGUCAGACUCCACCGCCGAGGGAGAAGGAGAAACAUGUGAGGAAGGCGUUGUUGAAGAACGACGAUACUGAGCUGUUGAGGGUACAGCACUUACUCGAAGUGGUACACCGACAGUUCUAUGACGCUUAUGACAGACGUGGACCCGAGACUUCGAAUUCGAAGAAUAAUCGUCACAGGCGUUCGGUCACGAAGACCAAGGCGUAUGAUGCCACGGCUAUCAUCCCCCAAUUGCGCUUCAACACCCUCUUCGGCGUGCACAUCCUCUUUUCGUCCGUCAUCCCGCUCGACACCCGACCCGAGACGACCGAAGUGUGGCGUCUCGCUCAUGCGUUCGGCGCGAAGUGCUAUACGGAGCUGUCGAGCAAGAUCACGCAUGUUGUUGCUGCGAAGCGAGGCACAGUCAAAGUGGACCAAGCCCGGAAACGCGGAAACAUCCUCAUCGUCUGGCCAGCCUGGUUCACGGACUCGAUAGCCAAAUGGGAGCGCCAAGACGAGACACCGUAUCUCAUGGACGACCCCGCCCUACGUUCGCGACCAACAACAACAACAUCAGCAGGAGGUGCAGCGUCUUCGUCCAGCCGUGCGCGCAAGGAUGGCGACGGUGAGGGCGACGGUGAAGAGGGAACGGGAUCGAGCACGGCGAGUUCGUCGCCUGCGCUCGAAGCUCAGCAGAUUUCGUCUGACCCGGAACCGGACGCAGAUGACUGGGAUAUGGAACCCGAGUCGGAGUUCGCAUCGGCGGUGCCUUCGCCCGUCGCGGGGGUUGAAGGAGACAGAGAGGGGACGGAAUCGGGAGUGAAUUCGAGGGAGCGGACGCCCGCUGAUGGCGAUGCGAGUGCUAAUGUGAGCGUGUUGAGGUUGGAGGUGGGGGAGGGGGAAGAGGAGGAGGAGGAGAGACCGCGGUAUCCGCUUUUGGAUGCGAUCCAGUGGUCGGAGAUUGCUAAGGAGGUGGAGGAGGCGAUGAUGGAGAGUGAUGAUGAUGAGGAGGGUGAGGGGGAUGAGGGCGAGGGCGAGGGGUCGAGAAGGAGCAGGAGCAGGAGUCAGAGUCGGAGUAGGUAUGCGAGUGAGGAUGAGGGCGUCACGGACGAUGCGAACAGUGUUAAUGGGAGCAACCCCUCGACGCCGAGCAGGAAGCGGAAGCGUCUACGAAGCAUGACUCCCUCCGAAGCCGGGUUGAACGGGCAUGAAGGAGCAGACGGCCUCCGGUCACCGCUAGCGAAACGAAAGAAGAUGAUAGCGGACAGGGGCACCUCGUCGAGACUGAAAGAGACGGUCUCUCUGGCAGACCUGGAUGAGGGUGGGAAGGAAGACGACGUUAGCGUAGGAGGUGCAGUGGGCGCCGAAGAAGAGGAGGAGGAUGAUGAUGAAGAAGAGGAAGAGGAGGACGAUUUCCUGCUUAGGGAAAUGGAGGAGAUGGGCGAGGACGAGGAUGAUGGUGAUUUAGAAGAGGUUGGAUAGUCGUGUCGUCGUCCUUCUGGUUCCUACUGUCUCUGUUCCCGUCUCUGUCCUCUUCUCUCUCUCUCUUUGUCUCUGUCCUCGGUCUUUAUCUCUUUUAUCUCUCACUUUUGGGUUGCUCUCUCAUUGCUUUCUGUAUUGUUGCUCCCCAUUGCCCCACUGGUCACAUCUCUCGGUCUCGUCUCGUCUCGUUCACCCUCAAUCACCUCAUCUCAUCGGAUCUCGCAUUUUCACGCACCCAGUAUCAAUGUCACUGUUCCGGACCUCACAUCUCAGACCCGUCCAUCCGCCUUCUGGCAAUCACUGUCAUAAUACAUCUCCCACCCCCCUUUGUGCGCAUAACUACUUACCUGCCUAUUUGUGUCUGUAUUAUAUGUAGUGCCUACUUUGU